CUCUUGGUUUGAUUUUUUUUUUUAAUACUUGCUAACUCAAUCUGUUAGUGUGACAGCAGCCUUAGUACCAAAUGGUUUUCCAAACUCUUUUGUACGAAAAAGGCUACAUAAUUUUAGAUCCAUUAAAUAGAGAAGUAAACACUAACUGUCACUGAGUACAGUUAUUCUGAAAUUUGAAAAAAAAUUGCGUACUGUAAAUAUACUUGACGAGCUGACGAUUCCAGCAGUGUAAUUGAAAAAUAAAAUAAAAAUGCAUAAUAUAUCACCUUUCUUGCGAUCUCCAAUGACGGAUAUAACGGGAGGGAUAAUUUCCUACCAGUUAUUGGGUCAAUGUGCAAAGCAGGAGAUGGAAUUAAUGGACUGCAUGGAAGCAUAUGGCCUGGACCGCGGCCUGAAGAAAUGUAAAAAACUAGUUGAAGACUACCGCGAGUGCCACACAAAACUGAAGCAGUUCAGGAGAUUCUAUGAGAUCCGUAGGGAACGCGACCGCCAAAUCGCAGAGAAGAAACUGACCGGCAAGAAGAUCUACUGCAACCCCAAAAUUGACAGCUUUUAAACCCUACGUAAUAAAACAAAUAUUUUACGUACCUAAUACAAAAAAUAUUAUAAAAAAGUAUUUUUCUUAAUUGGGUAGAAGCAAAAAGAAAAUCACUCGUCAUCACAAAGUAAUUGCAUUGCAAGUGUCCUUACAACUCCCGAAUAUUUAGUAGUCAAAUACGUACCUACGUCGAUGUAAAAUGAUUUUUUCUCGCAAGACCUUGCCAAGUUUGUCCGACCUUUACUGAAAGGCAAGGAGAUCAAUUUAUUUAUCCGACGAUCGAAUAUAUUGCUUAUUAUUAUUUCUAGUUAAAUCUUUGUAGAUCCACGUUGAGGUACCUAUAUCGACAAGUUCGAUACUAAUACCUCCGAAUUUUUUGCUCCGAGGAGUCACGGUCGGUCGAGCACGUUUUUGUGUGGAAUUUUGGCGCCAAACUAUAAGUAAAUUAAUCAUGCAUACAUACGUAAGUAGAUUGAUAGAGAAUUAAAUUAUAUUUCGGUAGUAGUUCCUCUACGCAGAUGUGUUCUACAUACAUAGCUAUGGCGUGACUUGUUUUUUGAGACGUUGCGCUGCGUUGUUUAUUACAUAUUCUUGAAUUUUGUAUUUAUUUAUGAGGGGCCUGAAUAGGUGAAAAAUAGCACGGAAAUGUUUAGAUUUAGACAUUUCAUUGUAUUGAAAUGCCGAAUUUUAUUUAGGUAAGAUACACAACGGAUAUUGGUAAUAGGCGUCAUCUUUUGCGUGGAGUACAAACCUAGAUUUAAGAUUUAAUUAUUUGCUAAAAUUGAAAGAACACUUAUUAUUAGGUAGUAACGUUCAUUAUAUAAAAAAAAACCAAUGUAAUGGAAUGAAAUUCUAGAAAUAAGUAUCUACUUAAAAUAGGUAAAAUGUUAGGUAGUCUCAAUCACGUGAGUCGGUCUACUCAGGUAUCUACCCACCCAGGACCACAUCAAUCACAAUAUGUAAAUUAAAUCCAAUUAAAAUAAGUUAAAACAUUUCAUAUUAAAUGAAAUACCAAUAGACAAAAAAAAAAACGAGUCGCAUUCAAGAAUAAUUGAUCAACUCUGCGUUUGUUCUUAAAAUGUUAAUGUGAGUUAUUAGUGGCAAAACAAUUGGCGUCAUUAUCUUAGUCAAUGAAGUUCAACGACCGUCUAUUUUAGUGACGAAAUAUAUUUGAAGGUUGUAUCAGAUCACGCCAAGGCAACACCAUCGGAAUCCUUUAUUAAAAAAAUAUUUUUUUUUUGUCUUGCGGAACUGAUUAUCAAAGGUCCACGACCUCGUUUAGAUUUUUGAACCAAUUGCCAUUUUAUGUGUUCUUUUUGCACGGGGUAGGUGAGUCUGUAGGUAGUCCCGGUGGUCGGCAGCCGGCCAACAACCCCUGCCUCGAGGCUCAGUGGUCCUCGAACUCUACAGAACGGAUUUGUGAGAAAUAUAAGGUAUUUAAGGUAUCAGUUUUAUUUUUAAAGCACCUAUUAACAAAAUGGGAUUGGAGGAAGCGUGUUUCGAACAUAUUUUACUACUGACGGCUUAAUUGGCUGUACCUUUUGUGUAGGUACCUACUUAUAAGAUUUAUGAUUACGAUUACUUUGCAUAGGUAUGUAAGUAGCCGAUGUGGAUAAGGGCAUGUCAUUAACUUUUAGCGUGGUACCUAUUUAAUCACCGUGAAGGUACUUCAGAGCCACGGGCUGUGGUAAUAGAACUUUAUACGAGUACUUUUUCGAUUCAAGCUUAUCCUUACUAAGGUAGAGCACUCCUUAGUGUGGAACAUUCACAGACAUAAGUGUAGACAGUGUUUUACUGAUACCUGCCUACAUUCGCCUAUCGAAGACCUAGAGAGUUUUCAUGCGCCGAAGAUAUACCUGCUCUUGCAUUUAUGACUUGGUCUUGAAAAAGGGUGUGUUUAAUCUACUGUGGUUCUAAGGGCAGGCGCACACAGCGCGAUAUUUAGCAAAGAGAAUUUAAAGAUGUUUUAUAAGCUGAAAUUGUUCGCGCUUAAAGAGGUCACGAUUUGUCAUACAUUUCAUACCAAAAGUUUUUAAAUCUAUUUUGUUUUGUUUGACAUAAAUCUACUAAGCUGAAUAUACCGUCGCGCUCCGAAGGUGCGUCAAAAACUACAAAAACGCUAAAUGCUCUAAGUGCGAAAUGCCAUAUGCAUAGACCCAAACUAAACUACCUGCACACUUAUUUACUACUAUAUCUACCUACUUACCUAGGUUAAGAAAAAAGAGCUUCGGCAAACAAUAUACGAAUAUAGUUGGAAUAUGAAACUAGUAUAGGUGCACAUGCAGUGCCGGAUUUAACCACGCAGCAAGAGUAGCAAAUGCUAAAGAGCCCCGCGAAUAGGAGGCCCCCACUCCAACGUGUGUCUGACAGUAUUAAAAAGUAGUGCCAUAUUUUUGAAAUUGAGCGCUGUCUGCAUUCUGCUCAAGUUAUUGCUGCAACGAACACUACCUACACAACACACAAGUUGGUAGGGUAGCACAGCCAAACUAUCAGGAGAAUAUGAGAACCUAAUGCAAAACAGGGCCCCGAUGCGCGAUAGUCGAAUGAGCUACAGGCCCCGCGUUUGCUUAAUCCGGUACUGUGCAUAUAAUCAUGAUCAUAUUGCCUGCUCAUCUGAUGCAAUAUCAUAACAUUGUUAAGUGAUCAUUUUGUGACAAUAAUAAUCUAUGAUAAAAGCGAACUUGUUUCUUGGUCCCUAUAUAUAUAACUGAUAUAAUUUUUGUCAGACAAAAGUUAUCUGGCGAUUGAAAAAUCGGCCCUUAAGGAAA